AGAUGAGCCGAGAGAGAGAGCUAUUACGUGCUUUGUCUUUUGUUAUUGCUUGAUUACGUAAUUUGUUUUACUCGGUAGUUGAUAGCAUAGGAGCAUCUUUUCUCUCUUAUUAUACAGAGAGAGACUAAGACGAAGACGAAUACGAUGAUGAAGCUUUGUUCCAGAAACAUGGCUAACUGCUACAUAACUCUUCGUAUCUGCUUAAUAUAUUCGUUUCUAUAUUCGUUCAACAUAUCAACUGCUUCAAUCCAAGAAGACCCAUCUGAAGCGAUCAUAUCAAGGUUCCAACAAUAUCUCAAAAUCGACACAGCUCAACCCACUCCUCACUACCAUCAAGCCGCCGAUUUCAUUAUCUCUCAGGCAAAAUCCAUCUCUCUCGAGUUCCAGUCCAUCGAGUUCGUUAAGGGCAAGCCCGUUGUCCUCCUCAAGUGGCCUGGCUCCGACCCUUCUCUCCCAUCCAUCCUUCUAAACUCGCACACCGAUGUAGUCCCCUCCGAGCACGAAAAAUGGACUUACCAUCCGUUCUCGGCGCAUCUCGAUUCGCAGGGCAAUGUUUACGCUAGAGGUUCUCAGGACAUGAAGUGUGUUGGUCUGCAGUACUUGGAGGCUAUUCGUCGAUUGAAGGCUUCUGGGUUUCAGCCCCUUCGUUCGGUUUACCUUUCUUUUGUUCCGGAUGAGGAGAUUGGUGGCCAUGAUGGGGCCGAGAAGUUGGCCGAGUCUGAUGUUUUCGAGAAAUUGAACGUGGGUGUUGUGCUUGAUGAAGGUUUGGCGUCUCCGGAUGAGAAUUACAGGGCAUUUUAUGCAGAGAGGAGCCCGUGGUGGCUGGUGAUUAAGGCCGUAGGGGCACCGGGCCAUGGGGCCAAACUCUAUGACAACACUGCAAUGGAGAAUUUGAUGAAGAGUAUUGAGAGUAUCAGGAAGUUUCGUGCUUCACAGUUCGAUUUGGUGAUGGCGGGUUUAAAGGAAGAAGGUGAGGUUGUCUCGGUUAACAUGGCUUUUCUGAAAGCUGGCACCCCAUCUCCAACUGGUUUUGUUAUGAACUUGCAGCCAUCUGAAGCAGAAGCAGGUUUUGAUAUCAGGGUCCCUCCAACUGCCGAUUCUGAGUCUUUGGAAAGACGGAUUGCUGAGGAAUGGGCUCCUUCUUCACGCAACAUGACAUUUAGGCUUGGACAGUUCAUACAGAAGACUCCUGUACUUGAUAAGUCAGGGAAACCACUCCUCACAGCAACUGACAGUUCAAACCCUUGGUGGAACCUAUUAGAAGAAGCUGUCAAAAAAGCUAAUGGAAAACUCGGUAAGCCAGAAAUCUUUCCUGCAUCAACAGAUGCUCGCUAUUUCCGGGACCAGGGUUUGCCAGCAAUUGGAUUCUCUCCUAUGGCCAACACUCCCAUUCUUCUCCAUGACCACAAUGAGUUCUUGAACAAAGCUGAAUACUUGAAAGGAAUUCAAGUCUAUGAAUCUAUAAUCAAAGCUUAUGCAUCUUAUACCAAGCAUGCAACAAGUGGUGCUCCUAAAGAUGAACUGUAAAAACUUAAAUUUGUUCAUCUUCAGAACAUGCUUGAUUGGAAUCUUCUCCAUCUUUUGUGAUUAAUGUAUCAAUAAGAUAGGAAGUAAUUUUUGGCAUUAGAACUGACUCAGGAUAAAUAACACUUCCAGUCGCUAGGUGAAACAUGCCACGGCCAUUUCUCUUCAAAGUUUCAAUACAAUAAAGUUAAAUUUAUGGCCA